AUGUCAUCGACUUUGGUUGACCCCAAUAUCACUGAAAUACGCAGUGAGAUAAAGAACCUUCGUAUGCAAAUUAAAGACUUGCGAGUGCUUCAAAAAUAUGGUACGAAACUUAACGCGUUUUUGUAUUUAAUGAAUUCGCAAAACAUCGAUCAAGACAUCGUCAGGAUCUUCAAAAUCGAUGUUUCUGAGAUUUCGUUAGCAAAAGUCUUUGUGGAAGACACGACGACGUACUGUGAAUUGUAUCGCGAAGAUAUUCCACCCCUGGUGAUAGCUGCAGUGGCCAAAAUGCGCGGGGAAGAGAUGACAUGUAUUGAGCAGUACAUCACAUCCGUCGAAGGUAAUCCUGAGAGGAACAAUGUGAUGAAAGAUGUCAUCACAAACUUAGGUCUUUAUCGGAAGAAGAUUGUAGAGCUUCGGAGAGAAAUGACUUCCAAACGUGAGCGAGAGGUUCAGAGUAUUAAAUCGAAGAAGAGUGAUGACAUCACUUUUGAGCGUCCGUUAUCCGCUCGGACCAUCGAAUUUCAGCGAUUAGAAGAGAUCUUACGAUUUGAGCAUAUAGCGUCUCUUUCAGAAUAUGUUGUUCGUCAAAAUCCGUGUGUCGUAUAUUUCCAGAAUCAAUUGAAUAUCUCCAAAUUGGUGAACGCAAUCGAAGGCAAGGAAAACAUCAUGUUAGUCUUCAGAACGACAAACUCUUCACUCUUCUUCGGGUUGUACUCCGAAAAGAAAAUCACUAAAAAUUCCUUUUGCACCGACGACCAGUCCUUCUUUGUUUUUGUGACAUCGGGAAAGGAUGUGUUGUGUUACUCGAAAAAAGAGGGGAUAGGCGAGACCGUAUUGGUUUCCGAUAAAAAGGCAGAUAGUGUCGUUGUAGCCCAAAAAGGGUUCACCGUCUUUUUUGCAGUUAUUAACGAAUUUAUGAACACAAGAAUGCUGAAGUGCUAUUUCCAUAACGAAAUGCCCAACUUUUAUACUGAAAAGAAUGGAAAACCACUCCCCUUCAAAACCGGAUUAAGAAACGGAUUUGAGGUGUUGUCUAUAUACUCUAUUCAGUGGAAUUAA